GUGGAGUCCACCGCAUCAUAGCUACCUAGUAUAGUAUGGGGUACAUAAGUGGAGGCUCAAUGAUAUCUAUUCUUGGGGUUUACGUAGAUCCUUGUCUUGUAAUGACGUCUUACGCAUUGAGGCAUUUCAUUAGCAUUUGGCGAAAGAAGAGUUACCUACUAGGAGGUAACCGUUCGGCAGAUGGUUCUGGCUAAAGUACAGUCUAACAACCACAAUUAGGGUCAGAACAGAAUAGAAUAGAGACCACUGGAUCAGCCGCAUGAUUU